AUGUCAACGUCACAGCACGUGAGCGCUGCCCCUCCGCGAGUUCCAGCGCCUGAAAGGGGCCCAGGAGAAAAGCUUACGGAUAGAAAGGUGAGACAUGCCUUCGAGGAUCCGUACUGGGACUGGGAACUCUAUGGCUUCAAGGCCGUCCUGAAACAACACAAGAGGCGAUGCAAAAAUAUCCUUUUGCAACUGACUGAGAGCUCAUUACCGGUACCUCCAUUGAUCGGGAAGUUCGCAGAACUCGGCGAGAAAGUGCAGGGCCAGGUGCUGGACUGGUUAGUUGCGGAUAUCAAAUUGUCACAGCCUAAACUACGGGAUAUCAUGCUAGCAAUGAUCUUGGCGACAUCUACUGAUGGGAACAAUUGGUUUGUCGCAUACAUAUUUGACAAGCAAGUGGAAAACCUUAAGCGAAACAAACCAAGGCGCCGGCAAUCUGAGCGUGUUCAUGAAAGUGCUGAAACUAAUACGACGGAGUCACACACCUGA